GCGACCGCGGAGUCCGCGCGGCGCUGGGAGGCGGACGGCCGGGACGCGCCUGAGGAGCUGCCCGUCGCGGCGCCGGCGGCCGAGCCUCGUGCUAGGGCCGGCCGAUCCCGGAGGUAGAGCCGCCGCCGCCGCCCUCGCAGUCCUUGACCUGGCCUGCGGCGACGGGCGGGCGGCUUCUGCCCUAGUGGUAUCUAAGAGUGGUCUCCAAGAUGGGAGGUGCUGUGAGUGCGGGGGAAGACAACGAUGAGCUCAUAGAUAAUCUCAAAGAAGCCCAGUACAUCCGGACAGAACUGGUAGAGCAGGCCUUCCGAGCGAUUGAUCGUGCUGACUACUACCUUGAAGAAUUUAAGGAAAAUGCUUAUAAAGACUUGGCAUGGAAACAUGGGAACAUCCAUCUCUCAGCUCCGUGCAUCUACUCAGAGGUCAUGGAAGCCCUGGACCUGCAGCCUGGGCUCUCAUUCUUGAACCUGGGCAGUGGCACUGGGUACCUCAGCUCCAUGGUGGGACUCAUUCUAGGUCCUUUUGGUGUAAACCACGGUGUGGAGCUCCAUUCAGAUGUGAUAGAGUAUGCAAAGCAGAAACUAGACUUCUUCAUCAGAACAAGUGAAAGCUUUGACAAGUUUGAUUUCUGUGAGCCUUCCUUUGUUACUGGCAAUUGCCUGGAGAUUUCUCCAGAUUGUUGUCAAUAUGAUCGUGUGUACUGUGGGGCUGGUGUCCAGAAAGAACAUGAGGAAUACAUGAAGAACCUUCUCAAAGUGGGGGGCAUCCUUGUCAUGCCACUGGAAGAGAAGUUGACUAAGAUCACACGUACUGGACCUUCUGCUUGGGAAACCAAAAAGAUUCUGGCUGUUUCUUUUGCUCCUCUGAUCCAGCCCUGCCAUUCAGAGUCCGGAAAAUCAAGACUUGUCCAGUUACCACCACUGGCAGUUCGCAGCCUCCAGGACUUGGCUCGCAUUGCCAUCCGGGGUACCAUUAAAAAGAUAAUUCAUCAGGAAGCCGUGAUCAAAAAUGGAAGUGGGCUAAAGAACACUCCUAAGUUUAAACGGAGGAGAGUUCGCCGCCGUCGAAUGGAAACAAUCGUCUUUCUGGACAAAGAAGUCUUUGCUAGUCGUAUAUCCAACCCCUCCGAUGACAACAGCUGUGAGGACUUAGAAGAGGAACAGCAGCAGCGGAAAGAAGAGGAAAACUUGUCUGAAUCAAAACCAGAUCCCCCAGUGAACUUCCUGCGUGAGAAGGUCCUGAGCCUCCCUCUCCCAGAUCCCCUGAAAUAUUACUUGCUUUAUUACAGAGAAAAGUAAUGCUUGCCUCCAAGAUGGCCUGGAAUAGAUGCAAAUAGAAGGGAAGUGUUGAACCCUCGUCAUUGCUUUUUCUAAUACUCAAUUGUCUUCUUGAAUUUAUUCAAUCGUAUGAUUUCCUUAAAUAUGACUUGAUUAAGUUAAAGUGCACAGAAGCAUGUUUUCUCAGAAGGUAGAGACCUUCCUAGGGAAGGUGUUUUUCCUUUUCCCUGGUGAUGAAGUGCUGAUUCUGCACUUAGAGAGGGUUGAUGACAUUUCUCACCUGAGAUAGACUUGUCUGCAUUCAACAGGAAACCUGAAGUCAUUAACCCAUAUUGCUUCUAAAAUAUGAGACAUAGCACAAGUUUGUAAAUCUUAAGCUGUGAGUUAUAAUUUUAGAAAGGAAAAGUGGUGGGGAGAAAGUAGAAUAAAUGAUGGAAGUUCGAGAUGUCUUUCUGAAAUCUCAAAAGAAUUUCGAAGAUUUUUUUUCUUUAUCCCAGAACCAACAUUGAAUAAUCCCUUGAAGAAUCCCUUGAAGAAUGAGACAAGUGCUAUGUGUAAGUAACAGAAUGACUCCUUGUCACCCAGCAGUGGUGGUGACUGGAUGUUGGACACAGCAUAGAAUGCUGAGUGGUGUGCAAGGGUCAGCAUGGUGGUACCUCAGGAGAGGGGAAGUGAACAAGAUCACAGAUGGAUGACAGAUGGGGGUUUUGGUGUAGGCAGUCUGCAGGGAUGGUGUGAUGGUGUGAUGGUGUGUGUGUGUGUUACUUUAGUUGGAAAUUUUUCUGUACUUAUAAUACUAAUUCAUAGAUUUUUAGCUUUUGUAAUAUGGAGAAAAAAUACUUGUUUUAUACAUUUUCUUAAGAAAUAUAUGUAUUUUAAUAUUUUAUUUGUUUUAGAACAGUGUAACUUACAUUGACUUGAGAAGUCCAUCUUCUUCAGGCCUGUGUUGAGAGCCUUCUAUCUUUAUCAGGUUUAAGGGUCUAGAAAAGAUGGUCCUAUAAGAUAGCUGCUUAUUCCAAAACAUUGGUUCGUUUCAAAAUUUAUUUUUUUUAAAUCCCAAAGAAUAGUAUAAAAUAUAAAUAAACUCAAAGACAGAAAGUUGAUAUGUAGAAUUAAGCAUCCAGAUUUAGAAUUAAUUUUAUCCUUAGCCUUUUGUUUUGGUUUUGUUUUGAGGUCACACCCAGAGAUACUCA